GACUGUAUGAGGGUGGACGUUAGCAUGGCGUCAUAUAUCUACACAGUAAAUACUUAAGCUACCCCAAUUCAAUAUGAGAUUCUGCCACGUUCCGACAGCAGCAUCCCUGUUUGCAUUGACAAUCCCAGACACAAGUUUGGGAGUCCAGGCAUAUUUUCCUGCUACAUUGGCUUAAGGUAGGGGAAGCAUCUGUGUGUUGCAUGUUAAGAAAAGUGCCUAUAGGUGCAGCCUUAUCACCCACCAAGGUCUCGCGAAAGUCCACAUCGAUGGCGUGGUACUGUUCCGGCUCCACGAAUCGCGAGCUGAUUGAGAACUUGUCCAAGACCGGCCUGAUAAAGAAUGAGAGAGUGAAGAUGGCUAUGUUAUGCGUUGACCGCGCCCAUUACGCGCCCUCGAGGCCAUAUUCGGACUCGCCGCAGCCCAUUGGCCAUGGGGCAACCAUCUCUGCACCCCAUAUGCAUGGCCAUGCAUGUGAAUACCUCAUCAAUUUCCUCAAACCCGGCUCGCGCGUGUUGGACAUUGGGUCUGGCUCGGGCUACCUGACUCAUGUCCUCGCCAACCUCGUCAUGAGUGCUUCCCCCACGAACGAAACCAGCGGUCAAGUUAUAGGAGUAGACCACAUUCCGGAGCUGGUAGAACUAGCACGCGAAAAUAUGCGUAAAUCGAAGCAAGGGCGCAGUUUCCUCGAGUCUGAAAGUGUUAAAUUCGUCCUUGCUGAUGGCCGCCUGGGCUGGGAAGAAGGUGCGCCGUACGACGCCAUUCACGUUGGCGCAGCCGCCGAACAACUCCAUCCUACGCUUAUCGAGCAACUUCGCGCCCCGGGGCGGAUGUUCAUUCCUGUUGAUGCAGACGAUGAUGAGGGUGCUGAAAGUAGCCUUAGGUUGAGUGGUGGACAAUAUAUCUGGGUAGUUGAUAAGAGAACGGAUGGAUCAGUUCACAAAGAAAAAGUAUUCCAGGUUAGCUACGUUCCCCUGACCGACCGCCCGGGAACCUAAGGAGCGUGUUUGUCUGUUCUCUUCCCUGCUGCACUGGAAACGACAAAAGAUAGCAUCAAGCCGGUUUUCUUUGAUCUGAUGUACCCAAUUCUGAGAUCUCAAGAUGGUGUGUGAACAUCAAUAUUCAAAUCAGGAUUACCAGUGUUGGAGGAUCGGGAUAUGUCUAUGGUACAAAAUGCGUGGGGAGUCUGUCCAAAAAAACCUAAUGGAACAAGGCGAGACCCUGGAAGAACAAAGCUCAGAAUGUCUCUUUUGAUAGUCGUAAGUCCGAAUUUGGACUCAGCGAAAAGGAAAGCCACCGGGGAAGUUGAACCCUUGCCCCGAGAACUUGAACUGUGGGCCGCCUUGUUGGAAGAAGAAUUGUUGUCCACCACCUUGCCCAAACGGGCUUCCUUGAAAAGGCCUGCCCCUUUGUGACUCGGGAUCAUUGGGGUCAUCGCCAUUGU